AUGCGGAGUGGGGGCGUGGACACGUUGGCGGCGCUCUGCCGGCAGUUGAACCGCAGUCCCGUCACUCACGCGGCGCCGCUCUUUCACGCCCACAGCGACGUGUUCCGCCGGCGCCCGGAGGUUCUCACGCGUGUCGUCGCCAACGUCUCGUGGGAGCGGGGCUGCGCGCUCCUCCACGCCGCGUACUCCACGCAGUCGAUUCCGCAGGCCGCACACCGCGCCCUCCUCGCCCGCAUGCUGCAGCACAAUCAACACGCCCCCGCCCACACCGCCAGGGUGCCGUGGCAGGCCGCUCUCCGCGUCUACGCAGAGGCCGCGUUGGCGCACGGGGCCGCACUCCACUCACGCCUCACUCUCUCCACACUGCGGUUAUGUGCCCCACAACAACAGUGGACGGCCGCCAUUAUGUUGCUUAAAUUUAAUCAAGCCAAUGGGAAGUUGACGCAACCAAUGCUUAUCGCUGCAGCGGACUGUUGUGCCACACCACAGGCAUGGAGUACGGCACUAACGCUCCUUCAAUUACUACAUAAACAAUCUCCAGAAACACUUCCAGAUUGUAUUCAGAGUCUACGUCCUAUUGGAGCAGAUGGUGCCGCUGCCACAGUAGCAUCUUCACAUGCAUUACUACCUGAUUCUGUUGGGAAACCAACACCUCAGCAACGAAGUAUCCUUUCAGUACUUAAUAAUGUGGUAGCCGCUGUACCAUGGCAGGUGGCCUUAUCAAAUGAAAUGUGUGUAUCCUAUCUUAUGCAUCUUGCAGGAAGUACUACAUAUAGUGUAGAAGAAAAAACAAAAGCUAUCUUAUCAGCAAUUAAAUACAUUCCAUUAGAACCAUUUAUACAAGUGGUGAUGAUGCAAAAUAAAGCAUUCUCAACAGAAUGGGAUAUGAAAACAUUACCAGAAAUGACACAGGAUAAUGAUGGGAAACAACUUAAAACAUCUAUUUUGAAAUAUCCUAUGGUACGAGAAACUCUGCGUUUAUUAGAAAGUGAAUCUGAAUCUUCAGUAGCUUUUGUUGCAUCUAUUGUAGAUAAACUUCCUUCUGCUGAAGAUUCUGCUACCUUUCUUAGUGAGGCUGCUGCUAUAUAUUGUAAGAAUGUUACUUCUGAUGCUGUUGUGGCUACAUUGCGUCAUCCAGUUGUUGUGGGUACUCUUAUACGAAAGUGUUCAGAAGAAGGAGCGUGGCGUAUUGCCUCAUCUGUAUUACUUUCCAUGUCUCCAUGUACACUGACAUGUGAUGUAGCCAGCGCACUUGUGAUUCAGAUGCGGGAGGCAAAACAAGCAUCUCUUGUGGUGGAAAUACUUCAACGUUGUAUAGUACCAUCACAAACAAUGUUAACACCUGCAGCAAUUGAAGCGGCUUUAAUAUGUGUUCUACAACACAAUCGUACCGCUACUACCACGAUGGCUGGUCGUGUGCAUUGGCUCUCGGCACUUAGUUGGGCAACACAAUUACAGCAGGAUGGAGCGGUACGUCACACUGUUAAUAACACCGAGUCAGAACCUACAUCUUUACCUCCACACAUGUUGAGUCUUCUUUUACAUAUUUGCGUGAGUUCUGGGAGUCCACAGGGAGCAUUAAAGGCGAUGGGGUAUGCACGUAGUGUGGAUAAGACAGAGUUAGCCUUUUCUGAGGAUAUUGAAUCUCUACUGCACUGUAUGGCACGUGGGGAAUUAAAUAACGCGGAGUUUGUGAUUAAAAAAUUUGAAGAACGGGAAGGUGAGAAUAAGGCAGUGUACCUAAAACGUCUGUUGAAGGCAUUUCGAGAAGUUGAAGAGGACGAGUCUGAGAAGUUAAAGAAGAUAAGAUAA